AUCUCAACUCUGCUUUCAUUUCUUUCUUAAUAUGCCUCUUGAGAGAUAAAUUGCUUUUAAUAUUUUAUCCAAUGAUACUAUUAUUUUUAAUUUUCAGUUUAGCGAGUGGUAAAGUUAACCAAAAUGAAGAUAUUAGACGGGUACCAAUGGAAUGUCCGAAUUUAGUUGGAGGUGACAUGCUAGGAUUUGACCCAGAGGAUAGGAAUGCAAUUGUUGGAAAAGAAAAAUUAUGGCCCGGUGGAAUUAUACCUUACGAAAAAUUUCCUAGUCUAAGUAAUAAGAUGAAUUCAAUUCUUGAUCGGGCAUUUGAGCACUAUCAAAAACUGACAUGCAUUAAGUUUGUUCCCAGAACUACAGAGAAAGAUUAUAUCCAAAUAUUUUCUGGAGAUGGAUGUUAUUCUUUCGUUGGGAGAGAUGGAGGGCCCCAACCGGUGUCUCUUGGUGAAAUAUGCAAUUGGGAAGGAGUUGUAAUACAUGAAUUAGGACAUGUAAUUGGAUUCUACCAUGAACAAAAUAGAUCUGACCGGGAUGAAUACAUCAAGAUAUAUUGGGAAAAUAUGAAAAAAGGUACAGAAAACCAGUUUUUUAAACUACAACCACACCAAAAUCUACUACUCACUCCUUUUGAUUAUGAAUCCAUCAUGCUUUAUGGAUCUUAUAACUCAUCAAAAGACAGAGAAGGUGGUCUAAGAACAAUGGAAGGAAUAAAUGGCACUUUUCUGCACGACCCUCUUACUAAAGGAAAACUAAGCAAAAAUGACAUUAAGAGAAUAACACUGUUAUAUGACUGUUAAAUUCAAAGGUCUGAUAAAACUUAAUGAUUCAUGUAUUGA